GUGGGUCCUUACUGUUUUCUUGUCUGAACACUGCAGGCUUGCGAUAGUAAUUAGAAUGAUGUCCAGAGAAGAUUUUAUGUCGUUCGAGCCAAAUAUUGGUGGCAAAAUGUCAGCAGAACACCACCAACUAUCAAGACCAGAACUUGGGGUUACUCGUACCAUGCAGCCUCUAGUGACCGGUACAUCAGUUCUUGGUGUAAAGUUCAAUGGAGGAGUUGCAAUAGCUGCUGAUAUGUUAGGCUCUUAUGGUUCAUUGGCCAGAUUUCCUGGAAUUUCAAGGAUAUCUAAAGUCAACAAUGAAACUGUGAUAGGAGCAUCAGGGGAUUACGCUGAUUUCCAAUUUCUAUCUGAAUUUUUAGAAAUGAUGAUGAUUGAGAAUGAUGUAAUUGGUGAUGGUUAUUCCCUGUCUCCUGCUUCUAUUCUUUCAUGGAUCACAAGAUAUAUGUAUCAGCGGCGGAGUAAGUUUAAUCCUCUCUGGAAUACUGUUGUUGUUGCUGGCUUCAAAAAGGGAAAAAGUCUGUUAGGUUACGUUGAUAAGUUGGGAACUGCGUAUCAAGAAAACUCUAUUGCAACUGGAUAUGGAGCUUACAUUGCCAGACCUUUAUUACGCGACGCUCUUGAAAAAAAUGGAAAUAUGUCACAAGCUGAAGCAGUAAAGCUCUUAAUGGACUGUUUGAAAGUUCUUUAUUAUAGAGAUGCACGCAGUCUUAACAAGUUCGAAGUUGCAGUUGUCAAUGAGACUGGUGUGUCUAUAGAAUCUGGUAUGACGAAUGAAACCAACUGGGACAUUGCUCACAUGGUCAAGGGCUACGAAUGAAAGUAUAUGGAACUGUAUAUUCAGAACUAUAUUUCGUUUAAUAUGGUCUUCUUGUAUCGUUUAUUAGUUUUUGUUAUAUCUGUUUCACGAACGUCUCAAA